AUGUCUCAAACGACAGUUGAAAUCAAACGAGGUCAUCUUACCAAAGCGACCGACCUCGGUGGAGGGGCCAAAGAGCCGGCUACAGCCUACAGCUUAAGCAUACUAGAUGACGAGCCAAUGGGCCUUGAUGUACUUAGUGCGCUGGACCAAGCAGCAACGAACUAUAUCGAGUACUCCAAGACCAUGAGGGCGACCACUCCAGCCACUCCGCAAGGUACUGGUCUAUGUGUUUCAAGAGUUCAUUCUCCGGCCCUGCUGCAAUCCUAUUCAACGGACCAGGGAGCGGGUGUAGCUCGACAGUACUUACCUAUGACCGCAGCCCAGCAAAGUGGAUUUUUGCAGGUAGCUGGUAGAGCCUCUUUGCAGGGUGCGGUUGGUCACAAUGCCAACCUCACAAAUCGGAGCAAGAGCCGGAGACAAAACAACAAUGUCAAUUUCAUCUCAGAGUAUGUAGCCGAGGCUGACUUUGAUCAGAACGAUUUUUCGGGACUGAAGGCAAAGCAAAAGGUCUUCGAGAAAGGUGGCCUUAAGAAGCAACCUCAUCGACGAAGGAGUCGCACUGACAGCAAAAUCGCAUUUCUUCAACGUGGACGCCGCGGUAGACGUGGAAAACGCUCUAGUCCUCAACAUAGAUACCCACCCAACCAGAGCUUCAGUUCUGCGGCUCCAAGUGCAAUCCCAGAGCCUGCCGACGGUGAAUAUCCUGCAGCUUCCCACCCGGAGUACCAACAGCUGCUUCCCAACGCCCAAGCCAAUUCCAUAGCCCAGCCAAACACCCAACUCCAACCUGCCUCUCAGCUUCAACCCAACCCAACACCCUCCCCACACUUGCCAGUCGCCAUCUGCCACGACUGCAACGCCCGCAUCAAUGACCUUUCAGGCUCCCCACACGACCUACCAACACCGUGUCCCCCGUGCCAGCGUGCUCGAGUCUACCGACCUUCCGAAGAGAAGCCUCCGCCCACACCUAAAACCAAGCGGUCGAUUCCGCCAUCUGCCGCCAGAUCAACGACCGGCGGCCCGAGCAGCCUCGAGAUCAAUCAUCGGGAUCAAUCCCAGACCGUCGACGGGGUCAGCGCUUACAGCCACAGGCCAGGAGCCGAAGCAGCGUGGUGGGGCAGGGCAGGAAAAGGCGCUGGACGUCGGCUGAGAAGAAGUCGGCAAAGGUAG